CUUUUGAUCAUAACAAAAAUGUUGAGCUUUAGCAAAGUAUUAAAAAACUGCCUUUCGGCCAGGAAAACGUGCAGCAGGCGCAUCUCGGCCCUCUAUAUAACCGGCGACAAGGCCAACGAGAACUAUGUGACUCUGCAGCCGUAUCUGGACUUCAAGGGAACCUUCAGCGACCGCCAAUCUUUGGAGCACAGCAUCGCCAGCCGGAAACUGGACAUUCGAUUGGAAACGGUGCUCGGCAAGUACGAGAAAUAUGGGCGGCACCACGCCCAGCUGGCUAGGGUCUCCGAGGAGCGGGAGGCGGUGACCAGGCAACUGAAGGAGCUAACCAAAUCCGGCGGCAGUGCGGAGCAACUGGAGGAGCUGAAAGAGCGUGGGAAAUCGUUGCGCAACGAUCUAAAGUCUCUGAAGCAGGCACUCUAUCCCAUCGAGGAUGACUUUAUACAUGACUACCUGCACCUGCCCAACCGCCUGCAUGCAGAGUGUCCCACUGGCGGCGAGGAGAAGCUACUCUAUCGACAUGGCUUGCCUAAAACGGAACUAAAAACCACCUCCCACUUGGAACGCCGGGAACUUGUACACUUUGUGGACAACAAUCGGUAUUAUAUGAUGGAGCAGGCUGCUCACUUCGAUGUCAAUGCCAUGCAAUCCCUGACCCGGUACUUUGUUAACCAAGGGGACUUCAUCCAAACAGCCAAUCCGGACUUUGUGCGUUGUGUUCUCCUGGAAGCGAAUGCCACACCUUUGAACGACUAUCAUUUGGUGCAGGAGGAGCAUUUGCAGAACAAGAUCAACACCGCCUUUCUGACCGGCGGAGCCUCCUUCGAGAGCUACCUGGGCGCCAUGACCAAGCUGUGCGUCUAUCCCUCCGUGCUGCCCCUGCGUUAUGUGUGCUGUGGUCGUAGUUACAACAAAGCGGAAGCGGAGUUAUAUGGACCUACGCCCAGUCUUUAUACGGCGACCCAAACGAAUGCGGUGCAGAGCUUUGUGGCCACUCAAACGGCGCAGGAAGCGGACGCCCAACUAGAGCACAUUCUCAGUCUAGCGAUUGACUUUUACAAAGCUUUGGAUAUUCCCUUCCGGGUGGUUUAUGCUCCAGCAGAGGCACUCACUCCCUCGGAGAGUCUCCGGGCAGUCCUGGAGGUAUAUGCACCAUCGCUUCAGCGCUACGUUUGCGUGGGAAGGAUCAGCAACUAUGGAGACUUUGUGUCCAAGCGGAUUCUCUUCAGCACAAGGCGAGAGAAGCACUACGAUUUCCUGCAUCUGGUGGGUGGACCCGUGCUAUACACCUCCCGUCUAAUAGCAGCUCUUCUGGAACACGGCAUUCGCCUCGAAGACUGCAAACUAUUGGGUGCCACUAACCAGAAACCCACUCAUCAGCAGGACUUGCAGCAGUUCAAGGACCUUUUCACGUAGAAAACGAUCUUUGUUUGUUUCCAGGUGUCCUUAAGUCUAACAAUAAGUAAAAGUUAAGUUUUACAUACAA